AUGACAUCCACUCCUGAAAUACCCACCCUCCACUCCAAAGCCGAGUACCUAAAAGCUGUCAUGUACGAAGGCGUCACAAUCCUCGAAGGCACUGCAACAUGGUGCAAAAACUGCCAUGUCAUCGCGCCCGAAGUAGCCAAAAUGGUGGCUGAGUAUCCAAACGUAAAGUUCUACACGUAUGAUGUUGAGGAGUGUGAGGAUAUUGCGCAGGAGUUGGGGGUCAGGUCUAUGCCGACGUUUAGUGUUUUUAAGGAUGGGGAUAUUAUGGAGGGGGUUACGGGGGCGAGGCCGAAGGAGAUUAGGAAGGCGAUUGAGGGGUGUUUGUAA